UGGGAAAUACCCGGGAUGAGGAGCCCCCGGUGCUCACAGCCCAGCGCGGAGCUGCUUCUUGCCAGCCGUGUCCCAGACAAAGAAGUGGCUGGAAGAAAUGAGCUUGUCGAAGUACACUCAACGAUUCUCAGACGUGUGGUGUUUCGGGAUGCUGGCUACCUGGCUGAGAAAGGCAUAUCAAAGCUAAUCAGUGAAAUGAAAACGGCAUGGAAUACAGCUAAGGAAUUGAUAAAAGAUAUAUUUGACACAAUCAAAACGGCAUGGAAUACAGCUAAGGAAUGGAUGAAAAGGACAUUCACCAGAUCAAGAAAGGAGGAAUCUCACCCUGGGUUUAGCUACAGGGACCAGACAGAGGAGCCUUUCUGUGCAGGAAGGAGAGAGAGUGAGGAGACCAGCAAGGCUCUGGAAUCCAAAAUACAUGAGGCCUUCCAGGACCUCAACAAUAAAAUGAAAGCUCUGCAAGAAAUUUUCAAAAACUUAGAGUCCAAACAGAGUGAGGAGAUCAGAGCAGAGCUGGAGAAGAACUCAGGAUAUGAAGAGGAGGAAAUUGUAAGUACCCUGAAAGCCAAGUUGAAUAUGAAACUCCGGGAGCUCUCCCGAAAAAUUCAGUGUGUGGAAGAAGAUGUAGAGGAAUGGCCAGAAGCCAUAAAGGAUGACCUUCAGCUUUUCAGAGCAGAGCUGAAGAAGAGCCCAGGAUACGAAGAGGAGGAAAUUGCAAGGGCCCUGGAAUCCAAGUUGAAGAAGAACUUCCGGGAGCUCUCCCGAAGAAUUCGAACUCUGCAACGAGAUGUAGAGGAAUGGCCAGAAGCCAUAAUGGAUGAGCUUCAGCUUUUCAGAGCAGAGCUGAAGAAGAACUCAGGAUACAAUGCAGAGGAAAUUGCAAUGGCCGUGUUGAUGAACCUCUUGCAGCUCUCCCAAGGAUCUAUAAUUGUGGAAGACUUAAAGAAGGCCAUAAAUCAUGAGGUUCUGUUUCCCAUUGAGUACCUGGAGAAGAACUCAGGAAACUCAACUACAAGACAACAUGAAGAAAUUGAAUGUGAAUGAUUUGGUCUUGGAUGAAUGGUUUGAGGCAUGGGGAAUAAUUGGAUGGUUGUAAAGGGAGCUUUGUUAUUUCUAGCUGUCACUAUUAUAUUGCUUUGUAUUAUUCCAUGUCUAAUGAAAUUGGUGACCCGCUUGGUAGAAAAUACAAUGAAAAGGGUUUGGCUAUUGCAAGAAGAAAAAGACGGGGAAUUGUAGCAAUGUAUCUGAACAACUUAGGCCUCUCUGUGCACCAGCCAUAGUGCUUGUAGUUAUUCUUAUCAGAGCCCUCUGGAAUUCAUCAAGGUUACUAAGAUAUAAACUGUGCUAAAUUAAGAAAUAAGAGGCUGAGAAACAGAAUACCAAGACUGCAAGAACUAGAUAACAGAGGGCUGAGAACCGCCUGGACUGUAACCAAUCACAUUCUCUGAGAAGUGCAUGCAGAACGCAUGGACAAGACAGAGGCACCAAUGAAGAAGAGCGUGAUCAGUGUGUGCAGUAGGGUUAGAAUGUGUAAAUAAGUGCAUAAUGUAAACAAUAAAUGGCUUCUGCUUAAUCGUA